AUGUCUGAACAACUCUUCAAGUCUUUUGCUAUCAUCGGCGCAGGCCCUAACACCGGGAUUCAUAUCGUGAAGGCUUUCCUUGCCAUUGGCGCCCCAAUUCUCGUCAUCGCACGGCCAGCCUCUACGAACGUCGCUGCGCUCCCCGCAGAUGAUCCUAACCUCAAGGUUGUACGCGCAGACUACACGUCUGCAUCCGAGAUCUCCACAGUUCUUCGCGAGCACAAAGUAGAUGUCCUCAUCUCGACCGUCACCCUUGUUUUCGGCGGCGUGGUCGGCCAGAAUAUUCUCGCCGACGCUGCCAAGGAGGCAGGUGUGAAGCUCUUCGUGCCCAGCGAGUUCGGUAUCAAACCGCAAUUAGCUAAAGGCGGGUUGGCUUUUCAAAAGACCGACUUCGCAGGCGACGCAUCGUCGCGUCGACUCAUUCCUCCAUUCACAGUUUACGCAAAAUCAAUCGGACUACCAACUCUCCGCGUCUUCAACGGAUUGUUCUACGAAUUCGUACCCUGGCUCACCGCGCUCGCUGAUACUGGCAAGUUCCAUAUCGUGAACAAAGGAGAAACACCAGGAUCCUUCACUGCAGUAUCCGAUGUUGCAGGAUACGUGGCUCAUAUCCUUACUACUCAACCUCCAUCUCGUCUGCUUGAUGUUGAAAUUCACAUCGAGGGCCAACGAGCAACGCUCUCGGAGAUCGGAGCCUUAUAUAAAGGCCGUGCACCUGUAGUAUACUGCGAUGCCCUUCCUACGGAAGGCGUGGUGAACGCACACUUCCGUACGUUCUUCCAGAAGCAUGUUGGGGCUGGGGGAGGGAGUUGCGGGUGGAACCCUGUGACAGAGUCGGACGACCCGGAAUCGGCUAGCAGGGAUAACUCACUGUGGGAGGGGCACCGCUGGUUGACUGUUUCGGAGGCUCUUAGACUGUAA